AUGACAGACCCAGCAACGCCGGUUCCGGGCGACACAAUCGAGGGAGAGACGGCAGCAGAAGCCAGGUCCCUUCGAAGGAAGUGCAAAGCCUCCACAAUGGACUCGACGAAACUGAUGAGAAAACGCGCGACCGAUCGAAGAUCUCAACAGGCGUUCCGAGAGAGGACCAAACUGAAGAUCGCAGCUCUCGAGGAGGAAGUUGCCAAAAUGUCCCAGAACGCGGAAAAGAUGAGCCGGGAGCUGCACGAAGUCACCCUUCAGCGAAACAGCCUCAGCACCGAAUGCCUGGAGUGGAAAGAGAAGGCUGGCCUGGCCUCCGAGCUGGAGGCUGAGGUCCAUGCCAUGGCCAGGAGACUCGACCAACUACGAACCAAAAAGCCCUUUUCAGACGCCGGACUAUCGUCCAUACGACCCGCCUUGCCCACAGGCAUUCUGCCAACCAUCCACUGUGACAUAACCCCGAGGAGGUCUGAUCAGGACCAAGAUGCGAACGACUACGCCCUUGCCCCGAGCCCAGCAAGGAGCAAUACGGGUGCUGCAAUGGAGAUGCAGUCUUCGCCACCUCUCCCUCAGCCCAGUGGUCUAUCGUCGUGCGAAGGACCAACUGAGAGAUCGGCGUCGUAUGAAGCCACCAGUUUUGCUCCAGGAGCAGCUUGUCUGACGUCGUUUCCGCAUCCGCAAAACGAGGACGUGAGAACCGAUUUUCUUUCGGAAGGCGUCAGUUUCGACCCGGUUUGUUUCCCAGUCUCAAUGGGCCACGCCUCUCCCCGACAUGAGGAUGCACAUACUCUACGGCGGACCAGCCAGGACCCAUUGAACGACGAAUUAUCCGAGCCCGUUACUGCGGACGAAGUGAGCAUCGAUCUCUCGGCUCACGGGGCAACAGGAGAUGUUUCGGUUCGCAGUCCUGUACAGGUGCCGGACCCUUCUAUCCCCGAUGAAAUGCAGCUCCAGCCUCUGUCAACCGAGCAGUCCUCCCGCUGGCCGGGUGGGUGGAGUCCAACGUCCAGCAACCAGGUCGACCUCUGUGAGCAGCUUCCGUACAAUCUCAAGCCAGUGAUACCCUCGGAUCGCAUCCUGCAGGGCCUUAUCGCGUCUCAGCGAGGUGCGGCUGCAGAAGGCAUCCCAUGGGAUGAGCUGCUGGGCCCUGAGCUCCCUUGCUGGGACGUCCUUGUCGGCGCGCCGUCCAGACUGUGUGGCCAUCCUAUUUGCCGAGCCGUCUUUGAUAUUGUCAAAGCCUACACCGGCUAUUCGCGCCUCCCGGAAAGGGUGGCCUCGGUCUACACCAUGUAUUCAUCAGUGAUGGAAGAGAUUCGAGAAGAUGCCCUUGUGGAUGCGUCCACGGGCAAUCCAACUGCAACGCGCGUCAGGCCGUCAGUGAGAGAAAUCCUGGUCAAGGACCAAGAACUGUAUCACGUCGAGGAGUUUGGGGCUUUCCACUCCACCUCCGUCUCCGUCAACUGGCCCUAUUCCUCGGAUUGUGUGCUCAUCACUUCGCGUGGCGGUGCGGCCAAAGAAGACGAGACGGUGCUGAGUCUGAACCCGGCUUUCGAGGAGCACAUCCGAGACCUUCGGAACUGGACCAUAGGUUCUCGAUUCACACAGAAAUACCCCGAGCUCGCUGCUGCAAUCGAGCAGGAUAUCGGCGAUGGCUCUAUCGAAGAAUGA